AUGGCUGCACAACGCAGAAUUCAGAAGGAGCUUGCCGAACUCACCAAGAAUCCUCCAACUGGCAUAUCCGCUGGUCCUAUUGGUGAUGAUCUGCUUCACUGGCAAGGGCAGCUAGUGGGUCCUGAAAAGAGUGCAUAUGCAGGCGGAAUUUUCAAAAUCGAUAUCGAAUUCACAACCGACUACCCCUUCAAACCACCCAAAGUCAAAUUCUUGACCAAAAUCUAUCAUCCAAAUAUAGACGAUGACGGUACUCUAUGUCUAGGUAUCUUGAAAACUGACAUGUGGAAACCUGCUACCAAACUAUUGGAAGUCUUGAUCGGUCUACAUAUGCUCUUGGAAGCUCCCAUACCUGAAGACGCCCUGCAAACAAGUAUCGCCGAAGUGUAUAAUACGAAUCGUCCAAAGUUUACCAAAACUGCAAAGGAGUGGGUGAAAAAGUAUUGUGUCUAA